AUGGCACCGAAUGGGGUCAGUGCGGUCAUGGAACAGUUGACCGUGCACAGUGCCUCCUACCGGCCAAUUCCCCUCCCAUUACCGGUGCACCGCUGUCGGACUCCCGUAAAACGGACGCUCGCUCCUUCGGUCAUCACCACUGCACAUCGGGAAGCAUAUCGUGUGAGAGAUCCUCAGGAACCGAUCAAGUCAAACCCACCUCGAGACCAUGAUUUCCUGGCCGGAGACGGUAUUGACCGUUUCAACUGCACGUCGUACAAAAUGCAUUACCCGGUAAAAGAUGGACUGCACCGCGCUCAACCGGUCACACCUCCCGUCCGACGGUCGCUAGUACACGUUCCAAUGGAAGCAGAAACGUCUACCGGCAACGCGUACCGCCAUCCCGUUACAAUGAAACUUUGGCGACGCCCUUCGAGUACUUAUAUAGUGUCAUCGGAACCGAUGGAAACGACAUCAGUGCACCGAGCGAGUUACAAGCCACCGCCGUGUAAUUUUGAUUCAAAAGCAAAGGCUGAUAUCUGUCCUAGACACGCCUUUGUUGACGAGUCGCUAAGAUCCGCGAUGCCCAUCAAAAGUCACACCACUUAUACGACCUCAUAUUAUACGAGACAUCCAAAUUUAAAACUUCUAGGACAGAUACCAGCAAAAAUGCUUGAGAUGCAAGAGUCAAAUAAAAUGCCUAGAGUUCACGACUAUAAAAUAAAGAAUAGUAAUAAAUUGGUUAAAUGUACGAGAAAAAUUCAACACGCAACAUAA